UAAACUUAUUAAAUAGAUUAGAUGGAAGAGGAAGAGUUGACCAAUGAUGCCGAAUUGGACGAAAAUGAACAUGAAGAUGGUGACAACUCAGUAGCUUCAAGGCCAUCAGAUGAGGUAGAUGGAGAUUCGAGCAAUGACGAAGGUGAAGAAGAUGAGGACCUCUCGAGAGAAGCCGAAGAUGACGGCGAUAAAGUUAAAUCUGGAAAUUCCUUGGCUGUUAAAACUCCAGACCAAAUUAAGGGAGAAAUUCUUGACGAGUUCGACAGAGCAGAAAAUGAAGAGAACGAGAAAACUUUCGUCAAAACGUUCGAGGACAGAAAAAGCGACGACCCUGGUCUCAGUAGGCAACAAAAAGUCGAGAUGGAACCCAAUUCUAGAGUAAAGGUCGAGCGUGAGGCAAAUGCAGUUCAUAUUGAGUUCAGAACUAGAUUUGACGGCGUGAAGGUCGAGUUUGUAACCAGAGAUACACAAACGGGGGUUGAUGUUAUAGAGAACGAAUUUCUCGAAAAAACGGAUUUGGGUAACGAUGAUCUGAAAGACAACGAAGCAGGAGUAGUGGAUGAGUCAGAUGGCAAACCAGAUACAAAAGCCGAAAUGGAAGAGUCUCCAGAUGCUCCCGAAAACCAAACUGCAAUCGCAACAGGUGAUCACAAAGCGCCACUUUUGAGGCAACAAACAGUCGCUUCAAGUACCACUGCCGAAGCUCAAUUAGCCGAUCAAGGAGACUACAAAGAGAAGGAUGAAAUGUACGACACGUUCGAGCAAGAAUUCCCAGAUGCAGAAGAAGGUGACGACGGAGAUGAGUUCUUGUACGAUGAAGAAGACGAUGGCCAGACUACAAUGGUCACGGAUGACACUUCAGUGCCUCCUCUCAGAGAUCUAGAUUCGGCCAUGGAGUCUGUCGAACAAGUUGGACCACCCAGGAUACUCCGGAUCAACCGUGAAUCAAGGCAGAAACAGCUCAGCUACCCACCUGUUACUGAACGAGAGACAGAAGAGGGCGUGUUUGCUGGUAAAUGCGACUUCUGUGGGCGAGAAAUCAAACCAUACCCGGAUGCAGAGGCCCAGCUAUACAAGCACUCGAGGGAAAUUUUCUGCUGUGACGACUACCAACUGUUCAUGCAGUUCGCUCUGAGUAAGCCAUUUGGCAAGAAGUACGACGUGGAUGUGCAGAAAUUCGUCACUGCUUACAUGGACAUACAGCCUCAUGCGCCCUACAAUAGACAGGCUAGGAAAGUGGCGAAAGAGAGGGCCGCUUUGAGGAUGCGUGAGCGGGAAGUGGCGAGACAAAAGAAGGCUGUGAGUCAGUUCCAGCAACAAAACAACCAGCAGACGACCAAUCAGAACAACGCAGCUGGGGCUAAGGAUCAACAGCACACUUACCAACAAGCAGCCCAGCGUGCCCUGAAAGUGAUCAAUUUCUCUCUGGGGUCUAAAAAGUGUGCCGAACAGGGUUUCAUAGUGGACCCCUCCCCCUCCCAUGACCCCCACUCUAUUCUGAGUAGAAUGGGUCCAGGGGGUGUGACUGUGGAGGCGCUAGAUGAGGGAUUGAGGGGAGCCAAGGAUACGGCCAGAAUUCAGAAGAAGGGCCUAGUCCAAAAGUUUUAUUUGGACGACAAAAAACUGUUCUACGUUUUAUUCAAAGACGGAUCAGGUACAGUUUUCUACCCCUCAGGACGACCCUGUAUUUUAAUCCUGUCAACUCCCAAAGUCAAACCACCAGAUCCAUUUGCGAAUGUAAAAACAGCGGGAAAGAAAUCAAAAGCGAAUUCUAGAAGUACAGCUACAAAUAAUCGAGCGGUUACUGAUGACAAUAAGAGUCAGAAAAGUGGAGUAACUGCGACUACGAAUUUGUCAACGAAAGCACGCGGGGCUGCAGCGACGGAUCCAGGAUACAUUGGAGGAGUGGGUUCAGACACCAGUCGCACGGCUAGAACGGAUGGCAGAGGGGGAGGAGGGAGCGAGGAUGAUGACGAUGAAGUGGGGGUGAGAAAGCGACAGUUUCUAGUCUUCACUGAUGAACAGAGGAGCAAGCUGUUGGCUGUGUUCAUGCCAGACGGAAAUGCAGCAUGCUAUUAUGACAACAAACAGUUGAGAUUGCACCUAGACCCUUUCGGAGGUAUUUUGUUCGGCGAGAAUCUGUCUAAGAAGCGAAAGUGGAGCUGGCUGGAUUUCGCAGAGAACCACCAGCACGCGCCUCCCCUCCAGCCAUUGGCCAUAGCAUUGUCCAAUCAGGUGUCGCUGAGGAUAGCCAAUCAGAAUGCAAUCACACUUGCGUACAGAUCAGGACCACACAGUGUCAAGUUCAAUGUCGGAGUCAAACUGAAGAUUACUGCCGGAAAAGCUGCCCUGCCCAAAUUGUUUGAAAGAACAGAAGACGUGGUCUAUCUGAGUGAAAUGCAGACAUAUACCCAGACAAUCAUCAACAGAAUUAGCAACCUGCUCAAGUACAAGAACGAAGACUUAGCCGAAAGACUUCCACCACCUCCCUAUUUACUGCACCAGAUGGAGAAAAAGGGGAUGAACCCCAAUCUAUCCAAGCUAACAGGGCGACACAAGAAGCAAAACUCUUCAGUGGAUCAUAGAAGUAAUAAGACUCCAUCGCCUGAAAAAGUGCAGCAGUUGGGAGGUAGUCAAGAUGAAAGUAUGACUACCAAGUCAGUCGCUGUCGCCUAGAACAAGUAACAAAAAUGACUGAACAAAGCUCUAUUUUCAGACAAAAUAAAGGAACUUACUCUCGCAGCAUAGCAUUAUUAAAAUUCUGCUUUUUACUCACAAGAGCUAUAAUUGAACCAAAUAUUUUAAAAACUUAGAAAAGCGCCAUGAAACGUAAAAGAGCUAGAAAUGAAAACGGUAUUCAAUCUUAUUCUAGCCGUCUUGUUCUUUCAGCAAAAAAUAUCUGUUCUGCUUAUGAAAUAAAAGUGGAAUGAAAAAGGUGGGAACAAGUCUGAAUUAAAUAGAAAUGUUAAAAUUAACUGGAGUGUAAUAUGAUGCAUUAUCUGAUUUGUCUUCCUUACGAAAUUGUCUUCCAGAAAUGCAAAUUCAUCUGUAAAUUGUAUAUAUGUCAAUAGCUUCCAUUCAUUUUAGAUUAUCAUCAACAUGAAUUUAUUCUGUCUUCCAA